AUGCAAGCUGAGUGGUCACAAGCGCCGCCUUUCGCUGGCCGCGCCCAAGCUCCUUUCAAUGGCCUUAAGGAGCCAGAGCUGCCAAAGAGUGUGCUCCGAAGCAUGAUGACCUACGUGGGUGCAGGGAUGGUUUCUGCGACGGUCCAGGCUACGUUGACGGAAACGGAAGUCGUGUUCAAAAACUCGCACGAGGUGAACCCAAAGGUGGUGCUGUUGUCCUUCCGGGCGGCACUCAUAGCAAACCUGCUGAAGUUUCCCUUCUUUGAGGUGCUUUUUGCUAGCCUCACGGCUCAAGCUGCCUCCCCACUUUUUGGGGGCAUGCUGGCCGGAGCCAUUUUCGCCACGGUGACCCUCCCCAUGUCAAACUUCUUGUACCGGUGGUCUAUGAAACUUCCUGUCCGGUGGGGCAAGCUCUACGAGGCCUACUUGCCCACUCUUCUUCGCGACGUGGCCUACGGACUCAUCAGAAGCUAUGUGACACCCUAUGCCAUGUCCUUGAAUAGUGCCCAUGCGUUGGAUCCGAAAGUAGUCGUUGCUGCCGUCUUUCUGGCUUGCCUGGGCACCGGCACAAAGGAGAUUGAAAAGGCUGCAACGGCGCAGAAAAAGGUGGAAGACUUUGCAGCAUUGCGAUGCAACUUCCCCGUCAAGAACAAGAAGACUUGUGGCGCAGUCAUCAAGGAGGGCGUCUUCCUGCGAUGCCGCCACCUCCUGUGCAAGGAGCAUGCGCAAGAGUGGUUCCUAGGUUCAGAUGAGUGUCCCGUGUGCCGUGAUGGAAUCUGCGCCAAGCGGCGCCAUGUGGGCCGAGCUGAUGACAGGGAGCGCUUGAAGUUGCUUCAAGAGCUCCUGGUGACCUCCUCACCCCUUGAAGUCCAGGAAGCCGCUGCUGUGGCGCUGGAGCUGUGGGAAGGCCAGAAGGCAGAGGAAUUUGGCCGGGAGAUCGCGCAAGAGCAGGAGUUGAUAGCGCACGUGAACCAGCUAAAUCGCACCAUUCGGAAGCGCUUGACAGAGGCAGAGUCAGUUGUGAAGUCCCAGCAUGCCAAGACAGAGGAUCUUCGCCGUCAAGUUGCUGAGGCCGAGCGAAACUUGCGUCAAGAUCGAGAAUGUGCUUCGCGACUACAGUCUCGCAUUCAACAGCUGCAUCGCGCGAGCGAGCAGAAGCUCUCUGAUGCUGCUGGCCUCACUCCAUCGAAGAAGAGGCUUCGUUCCUCGCUCUUUGAGGAUGCCGGCUUCCGAUGA